AUGAAUGGUGCCACCCCCGGCUCCGCCGCCGCCCCCGCCCCAGUCCCGGACUGGCGGCAUUUCUGUGAGCUGCAGGCACAGGUGGCUGCCGUGGACUUCGCUCACAAGUUCUGCCGCUUCCUUCGGGACAACCCAACCUACGACACGCCUGACGCGGGGACCUCCUUCUCCCGCCACUUUGCCGCCAACUUCUUGGCCGUGUUCAGCGAGGAGGUGCGCCGCGUGCUGGGGACAGCAGCGGACACCAUGGAGCCCGAGCCUGCCGUGACCUCGGUCACAUCGGCGCUCAAGGCUGCGGCCUAUGGCCACUCCCGCAGCUCCGAGGACGUGUCUGCCCAUGCGGCCACCAAGGCCCGUGUCCGCAAGGGCUUCUCACUGCGCAACAUGAGCCUGUGCGUGGUGGACGGAGUGCGCGACCUGUGGCACCGGCGCGCGUCCCCGGAGCCCGAUGCUGGGGUCACUCCGAGGGUCGCCGAGCCUGCAUCCGAGCCUCGGGACAAGUGGACACGGCGCCUGAGGUUGGCACGGACCCUGGCGGCCAAGGUGGAGUUAGUGGACAUCCAGCGUGAGGGCGCACUGCGCUUCAUGGUGGCAGACGACGCGGCCUCGGGUCCCGGGGGCGCCGCACAGUGGCAGAAGUGUCGCCUGCUUCUGCGAAGGGCCGUGGCUGGGGAGCGCUUCCGCCUGGAGUUCUUCGUACCACCCAAGGCUUCCAGACCCAAGGUCAGCAUCCCCCUGUCGGCCAUCAUUGAGGUCAGAACCACCAUGCCCCUGGAAAUGCCCGAGAAAGACAACACGUUCGUGCUCAAGGUGGAGAACGGAGCAGAGUACAUUCUGGAGACGAUAGACUCCCUGCAGAAGCACUCAUGGGUGGCUGACAUCCAGGGCUGUGUGGAUCCUGGGGACAGCGAGGAAGACACGGGGCCGUCCUGUGCUCGGGGCGGCUGUCUGGCCAGCCGCGUGACCUCCUGCAGCUGUGAGUUCCUGGCAGAAGCAGACAUGUCCCGGCCCCCAGACACGACGACAGCAGUGGGUGCCGUGGUGACAGCCCCACACAGCAGAGCGCGUGACACCGUGGGAGAGUCCCUGGCCCACGUCCCCCUGGAGACUUUCCUUCAAACCCUGGAGUCUUCAGGUGGUGGUGUCAGUGACAGCACUAACACAGGGGACGAGGGAGCCGAGCUGGACACUGAUGCCGAGACUGAGCUGGAACUCUCUGACUACCCCUGGUUCCAUGGGACACUGUCCCGAGUGAAAGCUGCCCAGCUGGUGCUGGCCGGUGGGCCCCGGAACCACGGCCUCUUCGUGAUCCGCCAAAGCGAGACUCGGCCUGGGGAGUGUGUGCUGACCUUCAACUUCCAGGGCAAGGCCAAGCACCUUCGCCUGUCUCUGAACGGUCACGGCCAGUGCCAUGUCCAGCAUCUGUGGUUCCAGUCUGUCUUUGACAUGCUACGACACUUCCACACCCACCCCAUACCCCUGGAGUCAGGGGGGUCCGCUGAUAUCACCCUCAGAAGCUAUGUGCGUGCGCAGGGCCCGCCUCCUGACCCAGGACCAGCGCCCAACACUGCGGCCCCGGUCCCCACCUGCUGGACCGAGCCGGCUAGCCAGCACUACUUCUCCAGCCUGGCCACGACCACCUGCCCACCCACCUCACCUUCCAAUGGCGCUGGAGCAUCAUCGUCAUCUGGCUCAUCAUCCUCGGCCACGUCCCUGCCGCCACGCCCGGCCGAGGGGCCACUCAGUGCGCGCAGCCGCAGCAACAGCUCAGAGCAUCUGCUGGAGGCUGCGUCUGGAGCCACGGAAGAGCCCACGGAGGCCACGCUGGGCCGAGCUCGCGCUGUGGAGAACCAGUACUCCUUUUACUAGCUGCCACGCCCAUCACAGCAGGCCGACAACACCUGAGGUCUGUCCCGCCCACCAACAGCCUGGAAAGCCCAUGAUGGUCAGGAACGCCCAAGGAUGGCUGGGGACAACUACCCAUGGUCUAUCAAGCCCAAGACAGACGGGCGGCUAGCCACACCUAGCAACUUCAUCCCCCAGGGGCCCACUAAGACCAUCUAGGACAGGCCAAGUCUAUCCAUGGUCGAUCAAACCCAUGAUUUCAAGCCCCUCCCACUGGUGGUUGGCCACGCCCACCCCAGCUAUGUCUAUGAGGCUGAUCAAAUCUACCGCAGGCAGCUCACUGGUAACUAAUUCUGUGACUUCAGGCCCUGCCCACUGAUGGUCGGUCACUCUCACUGUGGCAACCAUUGACAGACAGCCUGCCUCGCCCAUGAAGGCCUACAACCUCAGACCCAGCCCACCGGUGUUGGGUCACUUCCGCCAACAGCCCGACCAGUCCGUGAUGGUGGGCCACGCCCAUCAUGCCAGGCCUGCCAGUGGUCGGCCUAGCCCUGGGCAGCCUGCCACGCCCACCGGCCCCAGCCCGAUGCUGGGGGGAAAGCCAAGCUCUUCAGUGAAGACAAACUAUUAAAGAGCCUGUUUUAGGGACUACA